AUGGCCGUCGGCUCUCCAUCCCAGCAGCCCGCCGUCGGCAAGGACCAAAGCAACCUCUCCUUCAUCCUCAACAAACCCCACCAUGUCACCUUCCAAGAACGCCCCGUCCCCUCGCUCGCCUCGCCCCACGACGUCCUCGUGGCCGUCAACUACACCGGCAUCUGCGGCUCCGACGUGCACUACUACGACCACGGCGCCAUCGGCCACUUCGUCGUCAAGGACCCCAUGGUGCUGGGCCACGAGUCGGCCGGCACCGUCGUGCAGGUCGGCUCCGCCGUCAAGACCCUCCGCGCCGGCGACCGCGUGGCCCUGGAGCCGGGCUACCCGUGCCGCCGCUGCGGCCCCUGCCUGGCCGGCCACUACAACCUGUGCCCGGAGAUGGUCUUCGCCGCCACCCCGCCGCACCACGGCACGCUGACGGGCUUCUGGUCCGCCCCGGCCGACUUCUGCUACAAGCUCCCCGACGCCGUCUCCCUGCGCGAGGGCGCCCUGAUCGAGCCCCUCGCCGUGGCCGUGCACAUCGUGCGCCAGGCCAACGUCGUCCCCGGCCACUCCGUCGUCGUCAUGGGCGCCGGCCCCGUCGGCCUGCUCUGCGCCGCCGUCGCGCGGGCCUUCGGCGCCUCCGUCGUCGCCUCCGUCGACAUCCUCCAGUCCAAGCUCGACAUGGCCCGCGAGCUGGCCGCCACCCACACCUACCUCUCCCGCCGCGUCUCGGCCGAGGAGAACGCCGCGUCCGUCCGUGACCUGAUCGGCCUGCCCGACGGCGCCGACGUCGUCAUCGACGCGAGCGGCGCCGAGCCGUCCAUCCAGACCAGCCUGCACGUCGUGCGCAUGGGCGGCACCUACGUCCAGGGCGGCAUGGGCAAGAACGACAUCACCUUCCCCAUCAUGGCGCUCUGCCUCAAGGAGGUCACGGCCAAGGGCAGCUUCCGUUACGGCCCGGGUGAUUACAAGCUUGCCAUCGACCUCGUCGCGACGGGCAAGGUGAACGUCAAGAAGCUGAUUUCCGAAGUUGUGAGCUUCGACGAGGCCGAGGCUGCCUUUAAGAAGGUCAAGGAGGGCAAGGUCAUCAAGAUCCUCAUUGCUGGUCCUAAUGAGAAGCUUGAGAAGCUGUAG